GAGCCAUAGCGAAAGUGGACCUGCGUUCCUCAGGUGUUUGGGAUCCAGUCAUGGCCGGGAAUUCAGAGAAAGUACCGAUCGCCUCAGCGGGACCGGAGGACGUGCAGCAGCUCAUGCCUCCGGCAUACUCUACCUUGGCGGUGAAGCCUGCCGCCACCGGGCGCGUCCUAAAGGCCGGGCUCGCGGUGCUCAUCGCCGGGGCCCUGCUGCUCCUGCUGGGGGCCGUCGGAGCCUUUUACUUCUGGAACAACAACGAAAAACACGUCUACAAUGUCCACUACAGCAUGAGCAUCAAUGGCAAAGUGGAGGAGGGCACGAUGGAGAUUGACACAGAGAACAACAUGGAGAAGUUCAGCACUGGCAGCGGGGCGGACGAGGCCGUGGAGGUCCACGAUUUUGAGAUUGGAAUCACAGGGAUCCGGUUUUCAGGGGGUGAGAAGUGCUACAUCAAGACCCAGGUGAAGGCUCGCCUGCCUGAUGUGGAGGCUCUCGACAAGGAUUCAAUGACCUUUGACUUGGACGACGAAGUGAUGCCGGCCAAGUUUGAGGAGGAUCUCGUGUGGGUGGCGGCUGGUGCACCUCUCUCGGACUCCGCCUUCCUCAGCAAGAAGAUCAAGGAUUUGUGUGGCGAUCUGCCAAUCUUCUGGCUCCGCCCCACCUACUCCACCAGCGGACAAAGGAAGACGGGGGGCACCUCCCGCCGCCGCCGUCAGGCACACAGGGAUGAGGAGGAAGAGGACGUGGAGGCUGAGUUCAACCCCGAGAACCCCUAUCAGAAUAACCUCGAGGGGGAAGACACCAUGAACAUUGACCCCAUGUUGGACCAUCAGGGCGUUUGCUGCAGAGAGUGCCGUCGCAGCUACACCCACUGCCAGAGGAUCUGCGAGCCACUGGGAGGAUACCACCCUUGGCCGUACCACUACCGCGGCUGCAGAGUGGCCUGUAGGGUAAUCAUGCCUUGCAACUGGUGGGUGGCGCGCAUUCUGGGUAUCGUCUAGACCCCCGGCACGGAAGAUGGCAGAGGGAUGGAUGGCGAGAGUUGUUUUUGUUCUGGUCUUAACAGAUAUCUGGGCAUAAUGAACCACAUAAAAAGCUAUGCUGAGAAGAUAGGACACUGGCAUGUAAAGGUGCUUGUAAACUGCAUAUCACAUUUAAUUGUGCAUAUCUAUUCCAAGCUAGAACAUGAAACACUUCUAAUAAAAUGAAUGAACCUGAAUAAUGUAUUACAUUGUCAUCUGUAUCUAUAGGGUAUGCAAGUAUUUAUGAGGUAGUAAUCUGUGCAAUCCCGCCUUCCUGUUUUGAUGUAAAUAAAUGUAAUGGGUGCAACAUUCUUCUAUCAGCAUUCAGAAUCUUUGAACUUCUCAUCGGUCUAGUGAGAAAUAUUUGUGACGCUUGUGUUGUCCCCACCCCCUUUCCCACUUUACAAGCAGUAGUGGCACUCAUUAACAUACUGUAAGCUUGCAGAUCUAUCUAAAUUUAUCUGUAUCUGCGUCAAAGGAGAAAUAUCGCACAAUAAAACUUUUUUUUA